AUGGCCUAUGAGCCUCGUGGUGAUCAUGGCGAUCGAGGGGGUGGCCAGGGCCAAGAUGGCUCAUACAUGAAGGUCCGGGGUCGAAGACCUGUGACGGACUACAGCGCCAGUGUUCUUCACUGGAUGCGAGACCGCGCUCCCAAUUACAGAGGUGGCUACACUGGUGAAAGAGAACGGCCAAGCGCGAGCUACAUUGUGGAUAUGAUUCCACCAGCAGGGCGACCUGUAUUCCCAGCCGAUUCUAUCCCGGCCAAACACCUUCACUCUUCACUGAACAAGAUCAAGCAUCCCAUCAAUGUGGUCCGAUGGACUCCCGAGGGACGCAGACUGCUGACAGCGUCGACAAGCGGCGAAUUCACCCUUUGGAACGGUACCGGCUUCAACUUUGAGACGAUAAUGCAAGCUCACGAUUCUGCCAUCCGCGCCCUGGAGUAUUCGCAUAGCGACGACUGGCUCAUCUCUGGCGACCACGAUGGUGUCAUCAAGUACUGGCAGCCAAACUUCAACAAUGUCAAGAGCAUCAAUGCUCACACAGAUCCCAUCCGAGACCUUGCGUUUAGCCCCAAUGACUCCAAAUUCGUCACCGCCUCGGACGACUCUACUCUCAAGAUCUUCGACUUCGCUCUUGGUCAGGAGGAGCUGAAGCUCGAAGGCCACGGCUGGGAUGCCAAGUCUGUUGACUGGCACCCAACAAAAGGCCUCAUCAUCUCCGGUUCCAAGGACCACCUGGUCAAGCUUUGGGACCCUCGUACAGCGCGGGCCCUGACCACUCUCCAUGGCCACAAGAGUACCAUUACCAAAGUCUUGUUCGAGAAGAAGCUCGGCCGGUGCUUUGCCACGUCGGCACGCGACCAGACGGCCCGUGUCUUUGACCUGCGAAUGAUGCGAGACAUUGUGCUCCUCAAGGGCCACGAGAAGGAUAUAUCCACCUUGACAUUCCACCCCAUUCACGCCAAUCUCCUCUCCACUGGCGGCAUGGACGGAUCCCUCCACCACUAUCUGCUGGACACGCCCAAUCCUCCAGCUGGUCAACCUUUGACAGUUGCCCCUUACGACAGUCUCGAUCCAGAAUCGACCCCGGCUCAGUCAGUUUGGCCUACGCACAAGGUCCCUUUCGCACAUGACUACGCCAUCUGGUCGCUGGACUGGCACCCCCUGGGCCAUAUCUUGGCAUCUGGCUCCAACGACCGCAUCACCCGCUUCUGGGGCCGUGCCCGGCCUGGCGAGACCGAGAUAUUCCAAGACCGGUACCACAUUGGCGAGGCAGCUGCCGAAGCACAAGGCACGUGGGAUCGUCGUGGCAACCGCCGCCAACGCCAGGAAGAAGAGCAGCGCGAGUUGGAGGACGAGAUGGACGCUCUUGUGGACCAGGAUGCCCAGAAGCCGGCUGUUCCAGGCUUGACUGGUGGUAUUCCUGGUCUACCUUUAGGUGGCGGUGCUGUUCCUGGCCUCGGUUCGAGCAUUCCGCCGCCACCCAUUGUACCCGGGGUCGGUGUUGGAUCAGGAGCUCCUCCGCCUCCGCCUCCACCACCGCCCUUUGGCAUUCCUGGCUUCAACGGGGCACCACCUCCUCCGCUGCCUGGCUUGGACCCUCACAACCCUCCCGACCCGGCGAAGCUCCUCGAGUUGAUGCAGCAGGCCGGCGUGCCAAUACCGCCCCCGGGCUCUCUUCCUCCCGGCCUGAUCCCACCACCAGGGGGCAUUCCUCCGCCGCCAGGCAACUUCCAGCUUCCCAUCCCUCCCCCACUGAUGAACCCUGCCGACAUGGAGGCAAACCGCCGACGCGCCCCUCUCCCAAGCCAGGAGGAGAGUCUCCGCCAGGAGCAGCGGCAUGGAAAAUAUACUCGUGCCCGAUAG